AUGAGUGGUGAUGCUGUUUUAGUCGGCUGUCUUGUCGAACGAAUUUUAUCGCGGCUACCCUGUCGAACUGGCUCACUUGAACGAGCAUUUGAAGAGGAUGAAAUCCUUCAGAUUACAAAGGCCACCUUGUUGGAUCUGAGUACAAACAUCAUAAGUGUGGUCAUUGAUUCCUUAUUAGGAGUCCUUGAGGGACUAUCACGACCAUAUAACUGUGUGGCGUCACAUCCUCCACAUGUAUUGAUAUCAGAACAAUACGUCUUGUCGCUUGCAGCAGCCAGCUGCACUGCGAACUGGAGGACAGUUUGCACGGGUGACUCCGGAAGGUCUGAAUUGCUGCUGCCAGAUAAGCUGGAUCAAGCUCUGGUGAAUCGUUGGUUCGAUAUAUUCCAGCAACUGCUCGAACCCAUGCCAGAUGAUUUUGUUUUACCAGCACAAACACUCAUUACGCAGUUAUCAGGGCGCAACUUCUAUGUUCCUCGUCCCGUGGCCAAGAAGAACAGGAAUCCCUCGUCUGAUGCCGAUUGCCUUGAGAAAUGCUUAGUCGAAUUUGAUUCUCAUAUUAAAGUCCUGGUAGAAUUUAUAUCAGCAUCAAGUUGGUCCUCCGCCUUUGAGUAUGUCCGGAAAACGAUAUAUACCAUACGCGCGGCCUCGUUCUCGGAAGAUGCCGAGGCCCAGACGCAAGAUAUUGAGAUCACAGGUCUUGUGACACUGAGGCUUCUCUCAUUCUUCUGGAUCGAUAGUACCAAGCUAGGACAUCUUAUUCAGGAGAUACGCUCCAGCUAUAUGCACUUCCCUAGGUCUUAUCAGAAUACUAUGGCUGUCGUACUCCCACUCCUCGUUUUUCGGUGGAUAGAUCGACACCCGCAUGAAUUUAUUCGACUUCAUUCUCAUCAUAAACGGCUAGAUGGAGGCGGUGAUACUUUGUUCGAUAUGACGCAAACGGGAAUAGACAGCGGUCGACGAAGAGCUGACUUGUAUCCAAUGCAAAUUGCAUUGCUUCUUUUACUUCCCGAUGUGUUCGAGGUCGCAAGCAACUUGAGGGAGGUGAAAAGCUCCAGCCUAAUAAAGAAGGUAUUAUUUCUGGAUAACUUGAGGAAGCUUCUCCGGAAUGCGAACGAAAGAGCCGCGUACUGCCUCGUGAGCCUUGUUUGUGCAGCCCGGCACUUUAUAGGCGAGAGUGAUUCGGCUGUUGUCAGUUAUGCAGUGGACGUCCAGGAUGAGAUUCGAGAAUCUGUCUUUAGUCUGUCACAUGCUGGCAACGCAAUCCCAAGCUUUGACCAGGACAUUAUAACGGGGGCUUUUAUUGGCCUCUUUCACCUAGAUCCCAUCGAUAGUGUUCGAACCCUUGUUAAAACCUGCAUAUCUCCCACUGCUCCGGAGAGCUUCAAAAUUGCUGUGAUACAGGCGUGCUCGUAUUUCGCCGAGCAAGCACAAGACGGUAAUAAAUUCUCCGUGUUAUUCGAUAAUGCUUUACCUUUUAUCCAGUCUGAACUCACAUCCGAGUGCACGAAGUCGCGAAAGUUGAGCGGCGAUCCGAUCCCCUUGAACUCACGCAAAAUUCUAGAGAUUCUUCGGUUUCUAGACGUCUACCCGGGACCAUUCAUUCAUGAGUUAGCAAGUCAAACUUCAAGUACGGCGUUUUUGAUAUCUUUUUUAUUUUUUGUUUUAUCGUGGGACCUCCCUGUACGCAGCUUCGCGACAAAUGUUGCGAGGAAACUCUUAGCUCGAGACGGAGGCUUGGUGCAGGCAAUUUCAGAUAACCAUCGGCAUGACUUUCCAGCAGAUCUGCGGAAGACUCUUUGGGAUCAAAGCUCGUCCAUUAUACUUGACUUGUGUGCACACGUGGAAAGCAAUACUAGCAUGCGCUCCAUCUCCCAACUUCGAGAAUUUCUAAGUACCCGGUCAAUUUUACUCAAAUCGAUCAGUUCACUCUCUAAGAUCCCAAAUGAUGUCACCAAUGUCUCCGAGGCAGCCACAAAACUUGAGACAACUUUGCUUUUAUCCCUUUGUUCCCCCGAUAUUUCCAUUUGUCAGGCAGCGACCCUAUGCAUCGGGAUUGUAGUUGAUGAAGGAGCCCAGGUUGAGCGAUACAGUGGCUCAGCUAACCUGCUCUCCUCGACAUUCCCAAACAAUCUGGUCUAUCUAGAACUCGCAUCUCCUGCAUUUCAUUUCACAGGACUUGUUGCCUUUCAAAAGAGGAUGCGAGGCUUACUGAGACAGCUUCGGCUCCCAACCCGAGGCGUAUUGAACGCUUGGGAACUGGCAUUCGACAGAUGGAUUCAUCUAUCAAGAGAUGUGUCUAUGGCUUCUGCAGAGGAGGUUGACGACAGGGUUCUGUCCUCAUGGCGCAAUCUAUCCGGCUUUUUAGCCUCCUUGGGGGGCAUAUGCACAUAUGCACAAGCCAGUAGGCUCGAUGAGGCGAUUGGAGACCUUCCAUGGAUCGAUAAAUUGAAUGGCAAUGGCCAUGAGGAGCCACUACUUAGUCAAUUUCUCAAGUUGGCUAUACGACUAUUAGGGUGCGAAAAUAUUAAAGUGCGCGAAACCAUGCGAGAAGUCUUGUCGAUCGAAAUAUCCCCCACACUCUACGCUGCAUUGUUCAAAGCUCUGGAAUCAGAACUCGAUGUGCUUCUGGCCGGACUACCUUCUUCAGUGGAUAAUAAACAGGAGAAAGACACUGUGUUUGCUGGACAAGCCGUAUCUGUGCUGAAGUCGAUGGUAGAGAAAAUAGAAAGUCCAUCAGACCUCGCCUCCGUUUCUUCGAUUCACCUGGGGGUGUUGACAUUAAAUUUUACAAAAUUUUUAAACGGCGCACCAGAGAGUGGAACUACCAUGCGUGUUAAAAUAAAAAUAUGUCAUUUAUGCGAAGCCGUUACGAAACGGAAAGAACACCUUAACUUGCGCGAUGACAUUCGAAUCAGAAAUCAACUUCUUGAGCAUAUAUAUGGCUGGAUAGCGCGACCCUAUGCCGUGAACUCGGAUCAAACUGCGAACACAGGCAUUCGCCAGGAUGAACUACGCCGUGUUCAGAAAGAUCUUGACAAGGCUUGUCUCAAAACUCUUGCGGACCUUACAUUCCGCCUGCCACUACAAGCAGCUGAUUGUCAGACGGAUGCUGGUAUGAGCGAAUUCAAGUCGCAGAUGUUUCACACUUAUUUCAACAGUUUUUUAUCUCUUCUGAGCUACGAAACACAGGAACCGAAACAGCAAGAGUAUCCAUAUGGCGCUGCGGGCCGUGAAGAAAGUGCUUCUAACUCGGAUAUAGUAAUUUCCAUCUUGUCAAAUCUUCUCAGUGCCAACAUUGACGUUGGUCUAAAAAAUUCCUUGAACAUUGGCUAUCACGAGAACGUUGAAAUACGGGCAGCAUUUGUCCAGGUUCUUUGCAAUGUCCUCACUCAAGGAACGGAGUUCAAUUCUUUGACUGACUCCAUUGUCAGUGACAAAUACAUGGAAUUAUUGAACUUGCUCAUUACCGAUUUCUCUCUCCCCGUUUCAAUGAGCGCAAUAUGCCCCGCUUCAGAGGUUGAUGAGCUCACGAUUUGCCUCCUUACAAUAUUCGAACAGCGUGGACUUAUAUUCGGUCUCCUAGAAGCGUUGAUACGCCACGAGAUAGAUCGAACAGACAACGAGACCGAAAUUCUACGUAGAACAUGCGUGGCCACAAAGAUGUUAUCUGUGUAUGCCAAGUGGAAAGGGGCGACGUAUUUGAAAACAACUCUGCAGAAGGUCGUAGAGAGGUUAAUGCAUACCUCCCAAGACUUGGAUUUGGAGCUUGAUCCAGCUAGAGUUAGCGCGCCAGAGGAGUUGCAAAAGAAUGCCACGCAGCUUCAGAUCGUCGCUAAAGUAUUCAUGGAAGAUAUUUGCGCCUCGACUACAAAUGUUCCCAGCCCAUUUCGCAGAAUCUGUGCCAUUAUCUCGAAAGCUGUGCAUCCUCGAUUUCCCAAUGCGAAAUACACUGCUGUGGGAGCAUUCAUAUUCCUUCGUUUCUUCUGCCCUGCUAUCGUGGCACCAGAAGCGGAGGGUCUCAUCUCAGCUCCGCCGACAAAAGAACUACGACGUGGUUUGCUACUGAUUGCGAAGGUCAUUCAGAGCCUUGCUAACAAUGUUCUUUUUGGAACCAAGGAACCGUACAUGUUUCCGCUGAACCCCUUUCUUGUCCAAAAUAUACACCUGAUAACAGGUUUCCUACGGGAGAUUUCCGUCCCUCCCCCACAAGAAGAUGCUGCGCCGAACUCUGAUGCAUUCGACUUCAGUUCAAGUGUAACUCUUCACCGCUUUUUGUAUGAUCAUUGGGAUUACUUACGGCAAACACUUAUAGCUCAGGAGAAAGGAGAGUUUCUACGCAUUUCAGGAGAAAGCAGUCGAGGCAUAUUGCCAUUCCUGGAGCCUCUGCGAAUUCUUAUUACGAAUCUUGGCCCGCCCCCUCUUGCAAUUUCUUGGAAUCGACCGCAAAUAUCUCGUAACUCUCCCAUUCUAUACUCUAGGUUCCAGAAUUUUAUGCUCCAUAACGCAUUCAGAAGUGCGGAAUCAUUUACUUCACGUGCUGUGUACGGUGGGGGGGCGAGCAAGGAUGGCCUUUCGAUGGUAUGCAUGAUUCUACGUCACAUUGAAACCGAGAGCAUAGACUACGACACGCUGCUGUAUUGUUAUUUGAAAAUUGCAAGCAGGCUGUGGCACGAACCUUUUGGACUGUUUAUAGAUGCGACCUGCUACAACGGACGUAGCGAACCAUCGGAUGAAUUCUUCUCUAAGCUAGAUCUCUUGACCACUUCGGAGCUGUCUCAUAAUUUUUCCCGCAUAUAUAUUUACAACAUGAACAACGCAUUCAAGCGCUGUUUUCGACGACUUCUCCGUAACUCUACUCGAGAGGAAACUAGUAUUUUUCAUCCGAAUCAUGUCGAAUACAACCUCAUUAGUAGUAUGCAGGAGCUACAGGAUUAUUUUCAUCUCGGCCAACUGGACCUUCCCAAAGAAACUAUAGACGUGGUGAAAGAAACACGUUAUGUGUUCCAGCAAGUCACAAGGCUUUCUAAAUCAAAAGGAAAAGUCGAGGUCGUGAUUAAAGUUGGGAGCCACUUUGUUCAAAUCACUACAGUGAAAAGGCAGGAAGUUCUUGCUGGUUUCCGCCUAAGUAGUGUUAUUAACGACAUAUUUCGACUCGGUGAUGUAGAGGAAGCUAUAAAUGCAACACAAAUAGGCGACGAAAGCAGCUUUGGACUGAGAGCUGAUGGGGGCAAAAUCGUCAUGUUCUUCACUAGCGUCAAUAGGGCCGACAUACUCCAGACCAUUCGAGGUGCUAAGUCAAAGCAUGGAAAGGAUAGUCGGAUGCCAAAACCAAUCGAAAGGCUGGUUCGGCCACAAGACGUGCCUGGCACUAUGCUGAAUCUAGCACUUACCAACUUAUCCAGUCCAUAUCAUGUCCUUCGGUUGGCAUCAUAUAAUCUUUUGGGGGCGCUAUGUCGGUCAUUCGAGUUCCGUAUUUCUGGGAGGUUACUUUGCAACAGAGGUUUGGCUGUUCCACUCGAUCCCACUAGGUUCAUCGUCAGUAUUAGUCGCGAAGUCGCACAAGCCGAACCCCAACUUACAUCUGACUUUUUAACCGAGUUUUUCGUCAGUUGGGAGAGUAUUCCAGAAGAACAGAAGCCUCUCAAUCUGGAAUACAUGGCACCUUGGCUUUUGAAUCUCCGCACGACUAUCCUGGUUACCGAAGCUGACAGUGACAAAGGGAGAGACAAGGUUUCAUCUCUCGUCCGGAAGCUGAUAGACAUCGUAGUUCUGGACCAGAAUCUCAUAUAUGCUCUCGAACAACACAUAUGGCCGACUAUUUCUGCGGAUGAGCUUCUACUUGAAGUCUUGGUGGAUGAACUGAUCAAAACAGCUCUUAUUUAUGGAAACCGACCGGAUAUAUUGGAAAUUCUUUCUUCGAUGGUUCUGGGGCUUGGAACAGUCACACUACGUGGGAGAAUAAUGUGUCGUCUUCGGAAAGCUCUCAAUCGAUCUUCGUUACGGCCGACCCGACUGCUACCGGACAAUUCAGUUUGGGAUGAGAUCUGUGUCCUGCUUCAAUUUUGCCUUGCAUUAUCAUUUGACAGCCGUGUUCAGUCACAGAUGUAUCUUCCCGAGAUCUUCCAUCUUGUUACAAUGCUUGCAAACACGGGCGGGCAUGACGUUCGACUUCUGGUGCAUAAGAUACUCAUUAACUCCAUUCACACUAUGUGUGCUUCUUUCCAGUUAGAAGAUGCGAGGUCAUUGAGACUUCGGUCGAUUCUAGAUGUUUUGUCUCCACCAUCAUCAGUGGCGGGAGACAGUGCAUCCACAUGUACAGCUCUCGAAUCAAGUCCGGCACUGAGUACAACAGAAAACCUCGCGGCUACAUUGUUGGAUAUCUGUUCUAUUGCGGCUCCAUCUGUGGAUGUGGCAAAUGCCUGGCGAGCCAGAUGGAUGAGCCUAGUAGCCAGCAGUGCCUUCCAGAACAACCCUGCUAUACAACCUAGAGCAUUCACAGUGAUGGGAUAUCUGGCUAAAGAGGAAGUGGAUGAUGAUUUAUUAUACCAAGUUCUUGUGGCGCUUCGGAACAGCGUCCACCAGUUCAGUAAGGACGGAAAUAGUGACAUGUUGGUGUCCAUUACAAUAUCUCUGUCCAAGAUGAUGGCAAAGUUAUCAUCUGCAUCAAGAUAUAGGCAUCAGUUGUUCUGGUUGGCAAUAUCUCUCCUGCGCCUUGUCCCUCCAAACUUAUUUAACUGUACGGCUCGGUUCCUUGAGGCUAUCCUUGGAAAUAUUGGCGCAACUGGCGACAUUCGGGGACAAAAGUUGGUUGCCCUUCUUUUGGAUUGUCGAACUCAACUAGAAGAGGCCGCUUUGCCGUUGGACGAUGCUUACGGCAUUCAUUUUGGAGCAGAUACAUUCCAUUACGCUGUGUGUGCCUCCCUCGUGCGGGGCCUGACAGAUAAUGUUACCAAGUCUAUGGCUGUGCGGGUUCUGUCAACCUUCCUAGAAAUGACAAAGUCUCCUGAUUUUGGUCCAGACGGACAGGAUCACACAAAUCUCGUGUCUCCUUAUCUGGCGCUUCUGCUGGCUCGUGGUAUCAAGAACGGCGACUCUCUCGAUAGUCCUCAGAUUUCGCCUGCCAAUCCAGACAGCAUUUCCUACAGUUUAAAUUGCCGGGGCAUACAGAACAUCAAGACCGCGGAAGACAAGGAACUCGUUCUCAUAUCUGCCGUAGAACUCGUUGAUUUUCAGUAUUUAGACGAUAAAGCCCAGGCAUGUAGUCUCCAUUGGCUCAACUACCUGGCUAAAGCACGUCCGAAUGUAUUCUCAAUCUUUUGUGGAGCACUACCGACCCUCCUGGACGGUGUCCUGUUACAUGGUCAGGACCCUAUAGCGCUAAAAGCAGCUCAUUUGUUACUACGCACCCUUUCACCAAAGCAUAAAUACUCCCGAGAAAUGUCUUCCAAGCAUUCUCUCACAAACAUGCUGAAUGAGCUUGGAUUUGAUGGUUUGCGGAUAUUAUCAAGUCGUCCAUCGAUCGAGGACGUUAAAGGGGAACGUUUCAGGCUGACAGAAAAGUUGAUUGAGCUCGUCAUUAUGUAG